AUGGCGCUGCCGCUUCACUUGGGACCUGCCACAUACACACUGCUAGCACACCCAGAAAGCAAUCACAAAAAAUACCUCAGAAUUAACCCACCACAGUUCUUCGUGGCGGGCGACAACCCUGCUGGCCGCACCGGGUUCGGCACGGUCCCUUCAAUUCACCCUCCUGGGUGGUCACUCGGGCACCGACAUGCGUUGACUCGUUUCGGCUCCUCGACUGGACGUGAAAGCCAAUCAUUCUUAUAA